CAGGACGUGAGAAGUGGUGACUAAACUGUUAUGGUAUGACGGGGUGGAUAUGAACAGGCUCAGCCUGAGCUGCGCUGCCCACGGGGAACGGGUUUCCAGUAAAAUGACGCUUCCUUUGGUCAAGUACAUCCGCACCGGCCAGGAGUCACCUGCGGGAUGUUUAUUCAGACAAUACCAUAGUAGAACAUCAAUGACACUGAAGGAAGAAGACUGUUGUGGAGGAAGAUCUGCAAGGGAAGGCGCUCAGACAGAGGAGGUCCAGCUUACUGAGGAGUGGACCGGCGGUGGGAUUACUUCGGUGAAGAGGGAGAGUGUCUCGGAGAAACCCUGGAUUUUAGCUGUGUUCUGGAGCAGUCAAAGGUUCACUGACAGCAUGAGUCAGUUCACUCAGAUCCUGGUGGUUCUUUUGGGAUGUCUGUGUGCAGUACAUGCUUCCACAAAUUCCCCGCCAAUCUGCAAGCCAAUGAACACCGUGAAGCACAAGCUCAGCUCCUCUCAGCGGCGGGAAUACAUGAAGUACAACUUCCCCAUCAACUACACCCUCCCAGUUCACCAUGAAGAAAUUGUCAGGGUAAGCAACAUCACAUUGCUGAGGGAACAGUUGCAGUUGGAACAUCAUGACCUUGACUGGCUGGAGGCAGACAUACAGGAUCUCUGGUUCUUCCUGUAUAAUGAGGUACUGAAGAAGUUGCUGAGAAUUCUGCCAGAGAAACACCCUUCCCGCAACUACACCUUUGAAGUGCAGGAUCUCCUCUUGAAGGUGCAACAUUUUGCCCAGCAGCUUCAUGAGAAUCCUGAAGAGAGAUUAUAUCCAGAACGGAUAGAAGACACCUGGCACAAAGUGACAGACCCCCAUAACACGGUUUGGAAGUGGGUGAAACCUAAAGCCUUAAUGGACAACUUCUACCGCUCGAUGCAUUGCGUCUUUCCUUACUGCUUCCCGACCAAGGAUGGACAACCAGACUGGUUACCUAACAGACUGCUACUCUUCCUGCUUUUAUCCUUCAAGACUGUAACCCUGACUAUUGGAAAAAAAUCAAGAAGAAGGCAUCCCAGAAUCCCUGAGGUGGGUGCUACUUCCAUCCAGGGGUCGCUGUGCAGGAACCACUCCUGCCAUCUGCUAUGAAGAAAAUGUUCAUUUGUCAUCUGAGUACGUCUGAACAGAUGCUACCAUCUCCUCCAGCCACCUGCAUUACCACCUCUGCCAUUUGAAGAGAUAACAGCACAUAAUGGUUGUCAGAAUGUGUUUUUUAAUUUUUUUUAUUUUUAAUUGUACCUCUGUAGUCAGAGGAUUAGGUGUGUUGCUGAGUGAUGGUGAUCACACCAUUUCUGCUUCUAAUGUGUUGCCAGUCAAGAUGAAGGCUUUUAAUAGUACAGUCAUCUAAACUGAAUGUAUAUUGUCACUGAAUGUUGAUUCGGUACUGGUAUUUUCUUGCUUUUGUACAAAAUAAAGA